AUGAAACUCCUUAACAACAAGAGAAGAAGAGGUUUUUACAAUAGCACUGCCUUUUACAUGCGGGAUCAAUCUUCUCAAUUAACCUCAACAACAACCACAACAACAACAACCUCAUCCACUUCGGGAUUAUCAAACAACAAUAGCAUUAGUAUUGAAGGUACUAUAAGCUCCAGUAGUGAUGAUGUUACCUCAAGCAGUAGUAUGCUUCUCAAGAAACGAAAGAUCAAGUAUGGAAUUUCUCGAGUGAGGACCAAGCUCUUACGCAAUCGAUUGUAUUGGGAAUCUCAAGAAGAGGAAUAUCAACAACAACAACAUAAUACUCAACACAAUCCUACUCCUUCGUCUUCAAGAAAUCAACCAACUGCUCACAUGUGCUCCAAUAAUUUCACUGCUCAUCAAUCCCUUCCUAACUGUUCCUUUACUACCACUAACAACCACACAUGCUCACAUCUCACUCCUUCAUCAUCAUCUUCUUCCCUUCAAGAUCAAUUACAUCAAGUUCUGUUGCAAGUACUUUCACAAAUGACACUCGAACAGUUUCAAGAUCAGCUCGCAUUGGCUGUGAGUCGAUUAUUUGAAAGUUUGCUCAGAGCAAAGGAAAUUCUCGAACAACGUCAGGCAAUACAAAUGUCUGAGGAAGAAAAGCAACGAUUCACUCGAGAGGUAUUGUCUUCUUCUGAGUUUCAAUCCAAAAUUUCUUCGAUACAGUCCAUCUUUCAUUUUGAAAGUAUUCUUAAGGAAGAUAAGGAAUUGUUUAUUAUGGUUUCGAAUGUGAUACCACAACAACGAUCCGUCUAUGUCGCUUCCUUUAUGAAAAAUCAACCUGAUCAGUAA